GGCGCGGCCUCCGGGCUGACGCGCGGGCGCCGGGGCGCAGCGCCGCCGGGACCCUAGUGGCGCGGGGAGCCGGCGCGGCGGCGGCGGGGGCCGGGACGCGGCGGGCGCCCGGGCGGGUUCCGCGCUGAGCCGCCACCUCGGCCGGCUGGUCUUUGCGGCGGCUGCCCGGGCGGCCCGGGCGCACGGCCCUUCGCCAUGUAUACCUUCGUGGUGCGCGACGAGAACAGCAGCGUCUACGCCGAGGUCUCGCGGCUGCUGCUCGCCACCGGCCACUGGAAGAGGCUCAGACGAGACAACCCCAGGUUCAACCUGAUGCUGGGCGAGAGGAACCGGCUGCCCUUCGGGAGAUUGGGUCACGAGCCUGGGCUGAUGCAGUUGGUGAAUUACUACAGGGGGGCUGACAAACUGUGUCGCAAAGCUUCUUUAGUGAAGCUAAUCAAGACGAGCCCAGACCUGGCUGAGUCCUGCACAUGGUUUCCAGAGUCCUAUGUGAUUUACCCAACGAAUCUCAAGACCCCAGUUGCCCCAGCACAGAAUGGAAUCCACCCACCGAUCCAUAGCUCGAGGACAGAUGAAAGGGAAUUCUUCCUGGCUUCUUACAACAGAAAGAAGGAAGAGGGAGAAGGCAAUGUUUGGAUUGCAAAGUCAUCAGCUGGUGCCAAAGGUGAAGGCAUCCUCAUCUCCUCGGAGGCUUCAGAACUUCUGGAUUUCAUUGACAACCAGGGUCAGGUGCAUGUGAUCCAGAAAUACCUUGAGCACCCUCUGCUUCUGGAGCCAGGUCACCGCAAAUUUGACAUUCGAAGCUGGGUCUUAGUGGAUCAUCAGUAUAAUAUCUACCUCUACAAAGAGGGUGUGCUUCGGACUGCUUCAGAACCAUAUCAUGUUGAUAAUUUCCAAGACAAAACCUGCCAUUUGACCAAUCACUGCAUUCAGAAGGAAUACUCAAAGAACUAUGGAAAGUACGAAGAAGGGAAUGAAAUGUUCUUUGAGGAGUUCAAUAAGUACCUAAUAAGUGCUUUGAACAUUACCCUGGAGAGUAGUAUCUUGCUACAAAUUAAACAUAUAAUAAGAAGCUGCCUCAUGAGCGUGGAGCCCGCCAUCAGCACCAGGCACCUCCCUUACCAGAGCUUCCAGCUCUUUGGCUUUGACUUCAUGGUGGACGAGGAGCUGAAGGUCUGGCUCAUUGAGGUCAACGGCGCCCCAGCUUGUGCCCAGAAGCUCUAUGCAGAACUGUGCCAGGGCAUCGUGGACAUAGCCAUAUCCAGUGUCUUCCCGCCCCCAGACGUGGAGCCACAGCACGUCCAGCCGGCCGCGUUCAUCAAGCUGUGACCCAGGGAGGUGCCCAGAGCUGCCUCAGAAGAAGCAUGAGCUCCUGCUCCAGGGGAAGGUGAAAGGUCAGGAUCGCUCGUUCCCAAGCCAGAACUGGAGAAAGAGAGGCAACCGGCCAAGCCGUGAUCGAAGAGAGAGCAUGAGAAAAAAAGGCGACUUCCCCGAAGAGUGGUUGCUCAGGGGUUCCCAGGUGGCACUCGCAGCACUGGUGUCGAGAUGUGAAAACCGCGGCAAACUUCUCUGAGGGGAGAGUACAAUAUUCUUCGAAGGGGAAAAGACAGGGACUUGAUUAUUUUAUGUUCUCGUUCUUUAAAAAAAAAAAAAAAAUCCAAUUUUUAUCCUAAGGCAGCAUUGUGAGCAGCGCCUCUCCUCCCUGGGGGUCGAGACUGUUGGACCUUUGGUUGGUGUCUUUCCACCUGCUGCAGCCUUAGUGCCUUAGCUCUAUGCCCAGCUGCAACCCUUUUGUCUGGGACAGGGAUCGGAUGUGAUAGCUUUCGGGAGGUGGCCGAUGUGUUCCCCGCCCAUCCUUCUCCACAGCACCCUGCCCGUGGGAGUCUGGACAAGCAUGCACCAACAGUCCUUGGUUCCGUGCUAGGCGCCACCUCGCGGCAAAGGGGGUUUUCCUCACCACAUUCCUGAUGGCGUUUGGUCAGUCACCUGUCAGGAUUGCUGUGGGCUGGGCACCAAAACGGCAAAUGCUGCUCUCGAUCUACUCUGUGCAUGUUUUAGAAACCAAACAGCAAGUUUGCCACAACAUAAGCAUCAAAUAAGCAUGAGAGAGAAAAAAACACGAUGUCUUGCUUUACUUAAUAGUUGGGUAUGGUGGAUCUUUGAAAUAUGAUGAUUCUCAGUUAUCUUGGUUUUAACCAGAACUCUACAUGCACUUUUGCAAAGUUCCCUUUUGUUCUCUUUUUGUUGUUGUUGUUGUUGUUGUUGUUAUUGUUGUUGCUGUUUUAACUUUUGUAAAAACCCCUCUAGGGGGCAGGAGAGUAGAAUUCCACAUACACCCCACCGCCGCCACCAGGUGGCACUGCCCCAGACCCAGGCGGCUUUCCUCCAUUUUCUUGCUCUCCAAGCACCUCCUGCAGGAGCUGGAAGAGGUUUUGUUCCAGGGUUUUGUUCUUUUCUCUGCUUCUGCCUCUUGACGUCAGGGUGAGGCUCCGAACGAGUGUAUGUCUGGCCUGGGAAAGACAUGGUUUCAGAGGUCCACAGAGCAUCUUGUAGGUCAGCAAAUGUGUCCUAUUAGGUGUAGUUUCCAUUUACUGGAUCAAAUAUUCUGUAGAUUUUUCAGGAGGCUGCAUCACUACCAGUGGGAAGAACAAGAUGCUACUUGCGUUCAGUGUGAGCUGACUGAACAGGUUCUCCAUAGAGUGUGCUGGGAACCACAGCAGGCCCCCUGUCCAAUACAUACUGUGUUCUUCCUGCGUGUAUAUAUGUGCUCCAUUAUUCUCUCUACUUGUCACCAGACAACAGUUCUGUAGUCAGGGAGACUUUUAAAAAGAGAAAAGAGAGCAACGCCUCCUCAAACAUGAUGAGAUGUGGGAGCUUACAGUGAAGAAAGGAAUAUUUCAUAGAUGCAGCAGUGGGUGUAGGAUGUGAUGGCAUUAUGUCGGGGUGAAGGAGAAGGGCCCAGCUGGUUUAGCUUUUCUGUGAAUUUGGAAUUACAAGACAAAAGCCUGGGUGGUUACCCAGAAAACAGAUAAUGAGGUUUGCAUCCAGAGCAAAAUAAAACAGUUAGUGGUGGAGGUCAGUCUUGGAGGCCCAGCACUGUUGGGUUAGUGUCUAGAAAGUCUAAGUGUCUGAGUCCUUGGGAGGUCUCUGUGGACUGGUUUUGGGGAAAGCAUGGAGGUUUCUGUAGUGCUAUCACAUGUGAACGCAGAUUUGUAGCAAUCUUUUCGACCCAAAUUAAAGGGACAUUUGAGAGUUUUCCAGCACUUACAGUGACAGAGCUAAGAAUAGAUGUUGGAAGUUCAUGGAUCUUGAUGGAUUUUCUAAGAAAUUUAAAUCAGUAGCAUAUACGUGAGGGAAGUAAGGCUUUAAAAAGAAGGUUCUGCUUCAUUCCUCACAUGGUUUCAAAUAAGUAUCUAUUUUAUGCAUUUAUUUUCAAUCAAGUGGGAUGGUUGCCUCCGAACUGUUCCAUACCUUUCCAUGAUAUCCUUGGCACAGAUGGUUAUGCCUCGCUCUUCAGUUAGUCUUUAUAUGUGCAGUCCGAGUACAUUUCGCCAGUUGCUGGGGGAGGAGGUGUUCUUUAUUUGGAGAUGAUUCCAGUCUUGGUGGUGUCAUUUAGCUGCACAGUGUGAGAUGAACUCGUUAACCUCACUGUGCCUUAGUUUCUUAUCUCAUGGAAGAAAUUGUUGCCUGACCCAGGGACUACCUCAAGGGCGUUUAGUGAGGACAGGUGAAAUUAGGAAGACUCGAGAACCUGUAGUACCAAGGUUCUCAGUGUUGACAGUAUGCUGGACUCACUGGGGAAGCUUUUAAAAAAUGUUGGUGUCUACACCCUCCCCCUCUCUCCCACCUCUGACCAAUCGAAUCCAAACGUCAGGCAUCAGUAUGCUCUGAGAUGCCUUCAACUACUGCUUGAGAAGGAAAGACAAACGCAUUAUUACCUUAGAAUAAUCAGAUAAGGCCUAGGACUUUUUUUUUUAAAGUUCCUUUUGGAAGGACAGGCAUUUCUUUAAGAAUGACCAUGUUGUUGCCCUGAUACAGGCAACUGCUGUCUAAGCACGUUCUCUUUUUGCUUCCUGUCCCAGCAUUUGUAAACGCAAACGUGCUUUCAUUUACUCACACAGUUUGUGAAGCCCUGACAACAAGUGUAAACAGACAGGAAUUUAUAAAUCUGUUAAAUAUGUGUUAAGAUUAUUAACGCUUGAGAGAAAAGCCCCUUCCCUCACACUUAACUCCUGGCGUAAUCCUAAACUCGAUUUUACCCAGAACAUUGAAGUGCCUCCGUGUCUGUAGGAUACAGUGGAGCAGGUGCCGGCAUACUUCCCAGCUGACUUGAUAUUUCAAACUAGUGCCUCAGGAUCAUUAUCUCAGACUUAGCAGUGCUGGAAACGUAUGGGAUCCACGGAAUCCGCAAGCAGCGGUGAAGCUCCCAGAGGGUGUUUUUAUUGACAGCCAAGGUUGUGUCCAGCACGUGUGGACCCAGCCCUGUUGUGGGCGUGGGGGGGACUCUACUAGAGAAGACAAGGUGCCAGAGUUAGGUUUCCUGCAGCAUGUGGCUGCUGUGGCGAAAAUGCAAUGACACACUUGUCUCUGAUCCUGAACACAGAAUCUGUACCUAAGAGGAAAUGACUUCUGAAAAUAAGGUGAUUUUAUGAAUGUUUAAAAUUCCCAGAGCAUUAAAGUAAAGUAAUAUUUCAAGUA